UGUAUUGUGCUGUCUGACACAGGCUGUGGUGGAGGAACUUCAGUACAGCAUGCUUUUAAAGAAUACUGUCUGAAAAUGUAGCUGGUCUUUUAUUUAAACUAAAGACUAGGGAAGAUAAGUGCCCUUGACUUUGGACAAAUCAUUUUCUGUUUGUGCCUCUGUUUCCUCAUGCUUAUGCAGAAAUGCUUUUAACUCUGCAGAACUGAAGUAUUUCAGUGAAAGGAUUGUAUAAUGGCCCAGGACACUACAGUGCCCAAACUGAACUUUGAAUAUUGGUUGGAUAAAGCUGUUGAAUGGGGUCAAGCCACUACAUUGGAAUCCCAGAAAGAUGUGUGCCUUCACUUACCCCAGCUGCAGGAGUUUCUACAUCAGCUUUAUGAAACUUUGAAAGAUGUGCAGGGUUCAGUUGCAGCAAUCCAGCAGUUCCCUUUAAUUGGACAGCUUUUAGGAAGGCUCUGUUGGAAUCCUUUUGUUAUAGGAUAUGAUGAAAGCCAGGAGGCUCUGAUGUGGUGCUUGUGUUGUCUGUACAGCAGUGAGCCACAGAACCCUGUGGAGAUGAAGGCCAACAGCUGGAUCCGUAGUUUGCUGUGCCAUCUCCUUUCUUCUUCUGAGUGGGAAAGUAAUGAAGCUGAAACCAAUCUGUUCAUAUCAACUCUGGGCUACACGUCAGCAGAUUAUUAUGGUCACUUAGUUAAAAAUAUGAUCUUUUCACUAGUAACAGAACUCAGAGAAAAUCCUUUCAAUGGACUUAAUAUUCAGAGAAGUGUUUCAGCCAGUCGUGUGAAUGCUGUGUCCAUUUGCUGUGUCCCUCUCAUUACUUUACCUGACCUGACUCCCUUGCUGGAAACUCUUCUUCUUUACCAUGGAGGUUCACCAAAAGAAAUUCUCUGUCCAGAGUUUCUGGAGGCUGUGAAUGAGGCCUUUUUAAAGAAGAAGAUCUCCCUUCCUGACUCAGCUGUCUGCAGCCUCUGGCUUCGGCAUUCACCAAGCCUGGAAAAAGCGACCUUACAUCUUUUAGACCAGUUGGUUUCCAUUCAGCUGAACUCACUGGAAGAAGUGGCUUGUGUCAUAAAAGACUCAUUACUGCCACAAGCAGCGAGCCAUCCUGCCAUUUUCAGAGUUGUAAAUGAAAUUUUCAAGAAUGCACUGCUGGAAACUGAUGGAGCUUCAGAAGUUAUGACCAUAAUACAGGUGUUUACACAGCUCUUCCUUGAGGCUCGUCAGAAUCAAAACGAGCAGCUUAAAUUCCCAUUGAAGGCGUACUUCCCUUGCCACCACCAGCCUCUGGUAAGAGCUUUACUCAGACGUCCCUCUGAACUCCCAACUGCAUCCUGGUCUCAACACUUGAAAAACAUUUCAGAUAUGCUCAAAGCAUUAGUAGAAGAUAUAAACGUUAGUUCUCUCACUGACCUUUUUGAAACCUGGUAUUUGGUUGCUUGUUUUGGAGAAUGGCUGGAUAUUGCAGCAGAAAAAUUGCUCAAGGCUGCUGUACAACCAGAUGCUUUGCUGUGGCUGCUGGCAUUUUACUACUGUCCUCAGAAUGAAAAUCAACAAAGGACUCAGGCAAUGGUAGAAGUUCAAGCAGUCUACAAUCAUCUAAUGAUGCUCUUCAGCUGUACAGACCUUUCUCUCAGAGAUCUGGAGGCUGCUGUGCACAGGAUAGUGGGGACAGGGCAGUGCUGGAACCAGCCUCUCAUGACACAUCUUCUGACCAACUUUUUGCUCUUUUCAUCUGGUGGACAUUUGGUUGCCCAGGAAUGUAUUUACCAUAUUACUGAGACAACUGAUACAAGCAAGGAAGUUUAUAGCCUUCUUACCCGUACUGCAUACAGAUUUAAACAUCAUGGAGAAGGAAACCAGAGGACUGUCAAGCUGCUGAAUGAACUUCUUCAAAAACUUACAUUGAAAGUUUAGAUUUUUAAUAUCAUCUAUUUAUCAAGCCAACAAAUCAGAUCUUUAUCUAUCUUUAUUUAUUAAUGUCAGAAUUCCAUUAGCAUCUUGCACCACAGGUAACCAAGGGUAGAAAGACACAUACAUAAGCAUAUCUCCUAAUUUCCUGUUCCCUCGUCUAUAUUUUAAAAUAAUCUGUUGUUUGGAAAUAUUAAUCUUUUGAAAUGGAAUAGUAAAUAUUAAAGAUGGUUGAAAAUUGUGUUCUGAACACCUUCUGUAACAUGAGACCUACAUCAGUUAAAGCAGUUCACUCAUCUCCUUGUUGUUCAUCUGGCUGAGGAUCAGUUUUUCUCCCAAAUCACAGAUGUGGGGUUUUGUUUAGCAAACCAUAUCCAAUUGCUUAAUUGGUAAGCUGUUCCUAAAAUGUUUUGUUGUAUAAUUUUGCUUUUAUGAAACCCACGAUGGUCUCGAGUGAUUCAUGGUGAAGGUACUCCACGUUCUCAGGAAGUCAGCAACGUUUCCUGAACUCUUUCCUUCUUUCUGAAAAUGUUUCCAAAAUAAAACUUCUUCCAGAUUUGCUAAAUGUGUUUUUUUCAGUACAGCAGCUUCCACAGGAGAGUGUUCACUGCAGAGUACUAUUCCAAUAGCUGGUCUUUGUCAGCAGAUACUGCAGGUAAAGACUGCUUGCAAUAGAGCCCACUUAACAGUGUGCCAUGACUGAUGUUAUUCAAGGAAUCUUUUCUUUUAUUCAGACAAAAUAGGGCAAGCACAACAGAGACAUAAGGACAUUUUCCAGUUUGAGGGCCAAAUUUCCUAAAAGGAGCAUAUGGCUGCAAAUCAUUGCCUUCAUUUUUGUGUCCAGAGGUAGUUUGCUUCCUUCUUUGUUUAGGUUUUUUGUCUCCUACAAAGAGUACAGACAGGGAGCAAUGGCUUACUUUUUUACCUUUGCGGAAGUAAAGGUAAAAAAGAAAAACUUCUGUCCCAAGAAGUUUUGUGAACUUGUUCCUAGCUUAAUCAGAAAAAUAAGCAUGCAGAAUAGUAAUAACAGAGGAUCACAACUUUCCUCAGUAAUUUGUUCUAGUAUGUUACUUAGGUUUGAUGCCAAAACUUGUGCUGUGUUCAAAGAUAUUACUUGGAAAACUGUUCUUGCAUAUAAAAUCAGUCAUGUAUCUUGAAUUAAUGCAGCUUUUUGAAUGUAACAUUUGUUUUUGAACAAGGGAAAAAAAAAAACCAAUGUACUUAGUGUCCCUUGGCUGUAACAAGUGGAAAGAUAUUUUCUGUAAUGCUGUUGACUGACUUCUUACAAUUUUGUUCCUAGUGAGUCAUCCCACAGGAUUUACAUGCCCUCUCAAUGGGUUUGCUAGUGAAGUAAAAGCAAAUACUUUUACUUCACUAAUAGUGAAGUAAAAUAAUGUGUGUCUGUGAAGGAAGGGGUUUUUUUCCCUUUGAUUCAAAAUGAAAAUUCAGAAAGGAUAUGUUGCAAUUUUUCUGUUCUUGAUAGCCGUACAUAUCUAAAAAAGCAAAAUCAAGCAACCUAGUUUUCUGUUCCCUGAACACCAUACCUGAAAAGCAUGGGAUUCUGCUAAAGUAUUGGUUGAUCACAAACUCUGAGAUAUUUGUCUACUGGAAACACUUGUGGAGUCUCAACCUAGAAUGAUAAAUAAUCUAAAAUUUUAAUCCAAAGGAACAACGAUUUUUCUUUUGUUUGUUUAAUUUCUAAUCUGGUUGUUGGAUGUGGAGCUCUUUGGUUAUCUAUUCUCCAUAGUAUGUCUAUGUGUAAUAUUAACUACUUAGAAGGAUUGGCAAAGAAUUGCAAUAUAUGAUUCUUGCACAUUAGUUAGGUGGAUGAUAUGAGUAUUAUAUUUAGAUAUGUAUUACACUUUUUGGAGGGGAAUUUUUGUGUCUUUUUACUGUACUGUCUUUUAUUUUUCCACCAAAAAAAUGCAUGAAAAUUCUUCUAACAUUCUUAUAUAAAAAUCAAUAUCCUGAUAAAUAGGGAUAAGUCAAUUCAAGAGGAAGGAAAUGUGCAGUGAAUGCAGUAAAAACGCAAAAUUAGUAGUGAAUUGGUGCAUUCUCAUUUUCCUGUGUUUGGCUUCUUAAGAAAUACUGCAUGAUUUAAAUAUUAUAAGGAGAGUUUGCUCGUUUCAGGAGGCUUUAAGGAAGAAACCUAAUUGAUGCUGUCUGUAACUUAAAACAGAUACAUGUGUACUGGCAUUCUUCUUGCUCUAUUUAGCAUUGCUGUUCUAAAUCUUUGGUAUUUCUUUUUCCUUGCUCUUUCACAGUGCUUGAAUUAUGAUCUAACUUUGAUAGAAACUGUGAUUUUCUGGGAUGUUGAAGCUACUUUUUUUAGUUUGCCAGUGGAAGGCAGCGGUGAUUUGGUAGAUCUGAAUAAUGGAGGAUUUCUCAUGUCAUGGCUCCUGCAUUGCCCAUCCAAUGUGCAUCUUCUCCUCUGUAAUUGCUGCUUUUUGUAAAUGUUCCUUGAAGCCCUCAGGGUUGUACUUUUAUGCUGAACCAGCCAACGAGUUCUGAAAUCAGGCUUCCAGUAGCUCAUUCCCUGGCCUUCUGUCUCCAGGUCACACCCUGGUUGUGGAUGUGCACUGAGCACAGAGAACUGUUCAAAAUCCUUCUGCUUCAAGGCAUUGCUUUGAAUAAGAACACAGACAGUAAAUUUUACUUCCUUGUUGAUUAUGCUUCUUUCCAGUCUAAGGCUGCUAAGUUACAGCUUUUUGAAUUCUGCAAGCUUGCCAGCAUGGGGCCAGGUGAUUUCUGUGGAUUUUCUUCAGGGGGGAAAAAAAAAGACCACGUCUAUGGCUUUCAUUUAAUCCAUAUCUCAGUACAGUGCCAGUACAAAGCAGAACACAUUUUAUUUUGUGAUGUAUUAUAGGAACAGGUAUCUUGUCAGAUACUGCAAUUUAGCUGAUCAGCAGUAACAUGUUAAUCAGUUACUUCUAGGGUUUGUGAUUAAGUUUCUGUACUCACAGCAUUGUAAGUGCAAAGAGGUGUUAAUAAACAGACUGAGGAUGCAAGUGAGAUAAUAUUAGUUUUGGUUAGCUGAAAUUCAUGCCAGUGUGGUGUGUUUGGCUUGGUACAAUACCAAAUUAGCAUUAUACAAGUUUAGGAUAAAACAUCUGGCAAAAAUUACUUGCAAUUAUUAAACAAACACUGUUAAACCAGGUUUACUCCAUUUUGUUGCUGUAUUAUCUAACAACAGAAUAAAAUACUCAUGUUCUCUGUGAA